CAUCCUGACGAGAAAAAAAAAAACAGGAAAGAGACAACUGCGUAUUACUGCGACCGAAAACUGCAAAACAAAACGCUCGUUCUCUGCUGUUGUCAUUCUUCCACACAAAUAGACAAAUAUAACCCGAGGAUUAAGGCUUUUAUAAGCCUUGGAAUUCUCCUUAAGUUCUGAUUCAGUAGCUGGGAUGCAUAAUUUCCCUCUAAAUUUUAGCUUGUUUAAUGGCAGGUAUUGGAAAUUUCACAGUAAAAAGGAAGAUAUAUUUAUUAGACAUAGAAGUGAAUUAAGCAACCGGCGAAGAUUAUUUACGCGGUCGUAAGAAUCUUUAAGGGGGUCUUUUUUUUUAUUUUAACAUUUGAAUGUAAAAGAGAGCUGUUUUUUCUCGAAUUUGAGAGGUUUUUAAAGGGGCUUCUUUAGGAUACAUCGAAGUUAGAGGUUAUUCUAUUUUAACCCAGUAUUGGUUAGUUAUUUCUUAUUGAUAAUCUUCAGUUUGUGUCGUAUAUUCUCCAAACUAACGUGCUAAACAUUGUUUAGGUUUGGUGUAACGGCAGAAUAACUGGCCUAUGGUUGUUUAUCAAAAAGACUGACAUCUAGUGGUAGUAAAGAGUUGUUGCAGUUCUGUCAGUAUAUAGUUGAAUAAACCAUGAAGCUCCUGGAAAACUCAAGUUUUGAGGCCAUAAACAGUCUGCUCACUAUUGAAACGGGAGACUGCAAGAUAAUUGGACGCAUUGAGAGCUACUCCUGUAAGAUGGCUGGUGAUGACAAGCAGAUGUUUAAGCAGUUUUGCCAGGAGGGGCAGCCGCACGUGCUGGAAGCUCUGUCUCCUCCACAGAGCUCUGGAAUCAGCCCCAACAAACUGAGUCAGAGUUUGGAUGAUGGGGAGGGUCCUCUCUCAGAUAAGUGCAGCAGAAAGACUCUCUUUUAUUUGAUCGCCACUCUCAAUGAAUCCUUCCGGCCAGACUAUGACUUCAGUCGCACCAAAGGCCAUGAUUUCAGCAAGGAGCCCAGUGUUAAUUGGGUGUUUAAUGCAGUGAACAGCAGUUUGUCUGCCGCUGCGGGUGAGGCGUACAGUCACCUACAGCCUCAGUUAUGGGAAGCCCUAGACAAGGAGAUCAGCCUCGCUGAAUGUGACAUAUACAGUUACAAUCCUGACCUGGAUUCAGACCCAUAUGGGGAAGAAGGCAACCUGUGGUCCUUCAACUACUUCUUUUAUAACAAAAGACUGAAGAGGAUUGUGUUCUUCACAUGCCGUUCUGUCAGUCUUUUCAUGGCUCCACGAGACUCUGGCAUCGGCACAGAAUUGGAUCUGGAGUUGGAUGAGGGCAGCUAUGAGGAAGAGGAAGAGGGGAACAUGGAUGAAGAGAGGUAUGGUGCACUGUGUGCCUGAUGAAGCCCUCGUCCCUGUCCUCUGAAGCCAGCAAUCUCUUGCCUGAGUUUUUAUGCCUGUUAAUCUUUUCUGUUUCUUAUGUGUUCAAUUUUAUAUUGUCGGUCAUUGUUAGGAAUGUUGUAAGGAGAGAUGUUGUAAUCCAGAGAUUUACAAGUGCUAUUCAUUGCACUUUAACAUUUACUUUGCAUUGCAUUCACUAGACUUACCUCUGACACUGGCCUUGGAGGGAACAAGCGUGACAUGUUUUUACUGUCUUUUCUUUUUUAUUUGUCUCUGAGAGUAAGUUGAAUUAUGCAGUUGUUUUACUUUCCCUCUCGUCCCCCCAAACCUCAUUUAUUUAUUCAUGUUCAUUAUUUCCACUAGUUUUUAUGUCUCCAUAAACGUCACAGUAUUUCCACUAGGUGGCAUAUUUCAACAUAUCAUCAUCUUUGCCUCCUGUCUCUGCACUUCAUUGGCAUUUUGAGCAAUGAAAUGAGAAGAUUGUACAUCAUAGUUCACAUUUAAAUGUUUAAUUCCAGUUUCCAUAUUUGUUAGGCCUACACCAUUUUUUUUUUUUUCUUUAUAUAUAUAUAUGAAGUUUUCCCUGUUCCCCCCCCCUUCUUUUAAUGAUAAUAGAACUACAUAGAUGAGUGUUUGUUUUUAGGCCUUAAUACAUUUUCCUGCAACUUUCUUGCCUCAGGAAAAAUAUAUAAACAGAGAACAGCGUAAACGUUGCCCAGUAGAUUUACUAAUGCGUUGACCUACGGAUCAACCUCCCUUUUUAGUUUUACCCCCAAAGCUAAUAAAUAUGUGAAAGAAAAACCAUGAUGGGUCUGUAAAAUUUUAUUUUUAUAAAGCCUUUUUUUUAAGCUGUUAAUGGUUUUUAUUUGGGUUUUGUAACAUUUGUGAGGUGUAUAAUGUGAAGUAAAUAUUGCAGUUCCACUUGCUUAAGUAAAGACCUGUUUGUGGUGAAUUAUUUUUUUCUGUUGUCUGACAGAACGCAUUUGACUAUAAAAGCAAAAUUUCUCUUCAUAUUCUUUGAUGUGUUUAUCUAACAAUUUUGUGGAAAGAUAUUAUGAUCUAUAAACUAAGAGUACAUGUCGGUGACUGUUACUAAACUUUAUUACAUCCCGUUUGAGAUCGUAUAGCUUGAUGUUGAAAGAAUUUGUUUGAUCAGAUUCAUCUUCUGUGGCUUGAAUAAUACUUCCUCAUGAUGAGCUCUGUAUUUCAUAUUGUCCACUGUUAUGUGUUGGAGGGCCUUGUGGUAAAGUCGCAAUCUUUUUGAAUUCCUUUUCUGUUUUAUAUUUGACUGUGACCCAUCUAUGUUUGUAAUUUCGAGCACUUUGAUGUACCACAAAGUUGAGCCAGUAUAAGAACAGGAAACAGAGAUGUAAGCUCUCUUUUGUUGUUAAUUGCAUACAUUUCUACAAAUGCUUUUGGAUUAUAGUCCUACAAAAAUACCAGGAUGAGCCCAACUGGAUGCAUUGAUACAUUAACAUGUCCUUCUUGGCAGCUUAAAACAUUUUUAUAAAUUUCCUUUUAAAGAGCCUUUGCGUUAUUUCCAAAAUGCUGUGUCAAAUAAAUAUCUACUGACUUAA